AUGGGGAAAUUAAAGCAAAAGGGAAAAGCUGGGGCAGCUACAAACUACAUAAAUCGAAAUCAAGCUUUAAAAAAGUUACAAGUUUCACUUGCGGAUUUUAGGUACACUGCACUCAUAUUGUAUUUUGAAUAUUCAUUAGAACCGAAAAAUAAGAAGAAAGCCAAUAAAGGUUCUACAGCUCCAACAACUUUUUAUUAUACAAAAGAUAUUCAAUAUCUCGCUCAUGAGCCAGUCCUACAAAAAUUCAGGGAACAUAAAAUAUUUUUAAAAAAAUUAACUAAAGCUUUAAGUAAAAGAGAAUUAAGUAUUGCGAAAAAUUUAGAGAAAAAUAGGCCAGUUUAUACAUUGGAUCAUAUCCUUAAAGAAAGAUAUCCUACAUUCACUGAUGCUUUAAGAGAUCUUGAUGAUGCAUUGUGUAUGCUGUUCUUAUUUUCUACAUUUCCUGCAACAGAUAGAAUAAACUCGGAAACAGUUACAAAUUGCCAAAGAUUAUGUGCUGAAUUUCAACAUUAUAUCAUUAAAACUAGAAGUUUACGUAAAGUUUUCUUGUCGAUUAAAGGAAUUUAUUAUCAAGCAGAAGUUAAAGGUCAAAUAAUAAAUUGGUUAGCUCCUUAUCAAUUUAGUCAACAGGUUCCUGAUGAUGUUGAUUUUCGUGUUAUGUUUACUUUCUUGGAAUUUUAUCAAACCCUUCUUGGUUUUAUAAAUUUCAAAUUGUAUUCCGAUGUAAAUCUCGUUUAUCCACCAAAAUUAGACACAUCUAAAGAUGAAGGUGCGGCUGGAUUAGGUGCUCUUAUUAUUGAAACUACCAAUAGUCUUGCAACUUUAUCUACUAGUUCACAUAAUAAUGAAGAUAUAAAUAAUAAUGCUAUUAAAGAAGAGAUGGUUCGCAAGCUUGAAUCUGAAAAACGCCUAAAGACAUUAUCAGAAAAACUUGCAACUAUUAAAGAUCAAGGGAAUAAAACAUCAGAAAUACAGCCUGAUACUACGAAAGAACCUGAAGUUAUGAAUAACGAGAAAAUAAUGGAUGAAUUUACCUCAUCAGAUUCAAAAUAUCAACAAGAUGUCUCAUCAAAAACAUACACGUAUAGUGAUAUACAAAAUGCUUCAAUUGCAUUAACAGAAUUUGAAAAUUUAUUUUCUAAUUGCAUUUUUUAUUUAUCUCGUGAAGUUCCAAGAUAUUCUUUAGAAUUUAUUAUUCGUACGUUUGGUGGUCAAGUUAGUUGGGAUGAAACGUGUGGUGUUGGAUCAUCAUUCAAUGAAAGUGAUGAUCGAAUUACACAUCACAUUAUUGACCGCCCUGCUACAGGUCAUAGAUUUUUAUCACGAGUUUACAUUCAACCACAAUGGGUUUAUGAUUGUGUUAAUGCUAGAAAAUUAUUAAAGACUGAACCAUAUCAACCUGGAAAAACUUUACCUCCUCAUUUAUCGCCCUUUGUUGAACAUAAGGAGGGUGAUUAUAUACCUGAGUUUGAAGGUAAUAUGGAGGAGACAGAAUUGAGAAAUGAACAAGAACCUUAUAAUGAAGAUAUAAUUCAUCAAAUGGAACUCGAAGCUGAAGCAACAGGAAUAUCAUUUUCUAUAUAUCAAGAACAACAAGAUCAACUUGCUAAAAAACAGAAAAUUCGAAACACUAAUAAUACUAAAGUUCAACAGCCUUCUAUUCAAACUAUAACUGGUAAAAAACGUGCAGUCAAAGAAAUCGAAGAAAAAGAAGUUAAAGAAUUGGCCAAAAUAAUGAUGACAAAGAAACAAAAAACUCUAUACAAUAAAAUGCAAUAUGGCAAGAAAAAACAACAGGAAAAAGCUGAAAAUUUACAACAAGAAAAGACCAGCUAA